CAUUAGCAAAUCUAUGAGCUCCUAUAACUAUUUAACCUUUGAAAAUUAUGUCCAUAGACAAACAUAAGUGAUAUAUAUAUUUACAUUUACAUAUUGUCAGUGAAGAUAAUCUAGCUACUACUGUUGCUUUAAAAUAGAGAUUGACAGCACAAAUAACAUUUGUUUCGAUAUAUUGUGCACCACAUGGUCUCAUUUCCUGCACUGAAACAGGGGCCUUGAAGUUCGGGUUUUGAGUGGGUGGCUACUAGUGUAUUUAAUGCACUGGAUCUUAUAUAUUGAUACAGGCAGGGCUGUUGCUGCAUAGCACAUUGAUGAAGACACACGAUCGCGUCGUCUGUUUCAAUGGAAUGGUCUCCCAAGCAGAACCGUAAGACGCCAAAAUCAGCAAGGGAUCAUACCACGCAGUCCUUGUCAAGUCCCCUGUUCUGUGAUAAUGCUCUGAGUCACCUUCCUGUUGCAACAUGUACAUCACAGACCACAGCCCCACUACUGGGGUGGUGACAAUCGUAGUGAUCCUCAUUGCUGUUGCUGCCCUCGGUGUUCUCAUCUGCGGAUGUUGGUGCUACCUGCACCUGCAGCGGAUUGGCCAGUCUGAAGAUGAGGAGAGUAUUGUAGGAGAGGGCGAGACCAAGGAGCCCUUCCUGAUGGUACAGUACUCCACCAGGGGCCCUCAUGUCGAGCACAAAACCAAGCUCACCCACAAYGGCACUGAGAAUCACACUUAACUGAGUCAUUAAGAAACCGUGGUCAUCACCUAAUAUUAACCAAGAGGAUCACCUCAUUCACAUUUCCUGCUGAUCAUCAUCUUUCAUCACGCCAUUGAAGGAUGAUAAACGGACUGCAGCUCAAUGUCAAUGUCUUAGGAAAUGUGAUAGUUUUGUUUCUCAUUCCACUGUGUGGAUCUCAGUCAGGAUGUGAGGUUGUGAACAGUUCAUUGUUAUGUUUCUUAAGUGUACAUAUUUUGAACACAAAAAUGUACAUUGAUUGAUGUUGAUAGUUUUUGUUAACUCAGCAAUCCACUACUGAAUUGUGACGGUAGACACAAGACAGCGCUCUGAACAAAUGAGUGGGRAAAACCUUUUUCAGAGCUUGUUGGAAGAAUGUAUGACAAAUUGAUGACAAAACAAUUCACUUAAUAUCAAGUUGCUCAUAUUAUUUGAAAUUAGCUUAAUUUGUUUGUUUAUUUUGCAUAGUUGAACUUGGUUUUGUUUACCUUCAGUAUUCAAAUGUGAGUUAAUAGCCAUUCUAAUAAUUUGCUAAAUGCCAAAUUUGUCCAAAGAUACAAAGUGUGAUUCACUGCCUAAUUUAUGUCUCUUGUUGCUGCUACUUACUAAAUAAUCUAGUGUACAAAAUACUGUUUCUUUUCUCCUGUGGUUGCACAGGCAACCACUCAACUAAAACCAGUCACUGAAAGGGUAAUUCUCCUUUGAUAAACAAUCAUAUUUCACAAGCA